AUGUUGACCAAAUCUUACGCCAUCCUCGCAGCAGCCACGGGUGGUGUCACCGAUGAGCACGGGAAUAUUCGAUUGGUGGCAUCCAACUACGCCAGCAACAGCAGUCGAGCCAUUGAUAUUGACCCAUCCAUUGAUCCGUUGCGGCUUCAAACGGGACUUGCCAAUGCCCAAGAGGCCGAAGUGGGUGUGGUAGUCAAGACACACGGAGAUUACGUGGGGGGUAUCGUGCAACUCACAGAGCUCUUUGAUCCCUACUGCGAUGACCCCGUUAUUGGAUGGGAAGGACCGCGCAACGAUGCGGAUCGUCUGUGUGUCGAAGUGCAAAAUGUCCAGUUCGCAGCAGGUAAAGCGGGGAUGCAGCCAUUGAACCACAUCUACACGGAACCACCCAAGCCCACAUAG